CGGUCCCAGAAUGCACCGCGGCUGGUUUGUGGCGCCGUUAGGGACACCGUUAGAUGUCAACAGGGAGACCGAAGGCUCGGCUCAGCUUGAACGCACAGAGACCCCGCGGCCGCAGACCGAGUCCAGGCUCCACGGCCCGUCCUCUGACUCCCGGAAACCUCGGCGGACAGCAGCAUGGCUCCGCUCGGCUCCGUGCCUGCAGCCGUUAGCCUGCUAGCAGUAGCACGCUCAUUCAGCGCCUUCUCGUGCUCCAACCCCUUCCUCAGGUGCCUCACCGCCGUGAAGACCGGCCCGGGGAAAUGUCUGACGACUCAGCCCGGCGGCCCUCCGAAGAGACCUCUGAACGGAUACCUGAGAUUCGUCAUGGAGCAGAAACCAGCUGUGGUCAAGCAAAACCCAGAGAUCAAACCGGUAGACGUCAUCAGGCGGAUCGCCCAGCAGUGGAGAGUGAUGAGCCCAGAACAGAAGAAGCCCUUUCAGGACGCCAUGGUGCAGGACAUGCAGAAGUUCAAGCUGGACCUCCAGGAGUACCGGUCCCAGCUGACUCCCGCACAGCUCCAGCAGCAGGCCGCGGAGAAGAAGCAGAGGAUGUCCAAGAGGAAAGCCAUCCGAAAGAAGAGGGAGCUGACCAGCUUGGGAAAGCCCAAACGGCCUCGCUCCGCCUUCAACAUCUUCAUGUCGGAGCACUUUGAGGAGGCCAGAGGGAGCACCACCCAGGCAAGAAUGAAGUCUCUGUUGGACGACUGGAGGAACCUGCUCAGUCACCAGAAACAGGUUUACAUACAGCUCGCCGAAGACGACAAGGUCCGCUACAAGAACGAGAUGAAGUCGUGGGAAGACCACAUGCUGGAGAUCGGACGAGAAGACCUCCUCCGGGAACAGACGCUGUCUUCGCAGAGAAGACCUGCCGCCAGGACGGCAGCGGCCAAGAAGAAAACCAAGACGACGAAGGCCAAAGCGGCCAAGAAGACCACGAAGGCCAAAGCGGCCAAGAAGAUGUCAGCAGCACCAAAGUCGAAAGCAGUGGGCGGAGCGGCGAAAAGCAGCUCUGCAAAAACUGUCCGAAAAGGGUCCGCCAAGAAAGUGUGAAGCUGUUGAGGAUCGUCAGAGGAUUCCCAGCUGUCCUCCUCUUUUUCUUUCUUCUCUUCUGUUGUCAUUUGUAUCCGUCCUGCAGGACACAGCUAUGUAGUCAACAGCUUCAGAGUUCAUAAUAAAGUUUCUCCUUUUGUCUAAA